AAGAUGUCGCCACAGUAACAAGCCGGUAUAAAAUUCAACUAACUUCAUUUCUAUUAUUUCCAAUAAUUAAUCAUCCAAAAUUGACGAAGUACGCUGGAUAUCUAGCUAUGGAUGAUUUUGAAUGGACGGUCUUCCAUGAGGGGCAACUUCUAGACGCAAUGGUAGGACAUAAGCCGGUUGGGGUAAAUAAAUACUUUCAAAUGGCGUUCAUUUGCGAUAAAUUCAUCGAUAAUAUAAAUAAGGAGGUGCAUUCAGGGAAAAUAUGGGCCCAUUUAGAAACUAUGUAUAAUUUGGAAGCUCUCGAUGAAAGUGAAUCAUUACCAUUUCCAAAUGAUGAAAAGGAAUUUUGUCUUCCUGAGGCGGAAUACGGGACGUUAAAAGCUAAAAAAGAAGAAAAAGGCGAUGAUAAGAAAAAUGUUAAAGGUCGGGAAACCCCGAAAAACAUGAAAGAAAUGAAAAAAGAGGAAAAAACGUUGGUUAGAACAAUUAAGGACAUUCGAGAAAGACGAGAUAGUAGGGAUAGUAAAGAUGGAAAACCUUUAAGUGCAAAAAAAGAUAAUAAAAAAGAAGUUGUUGAAAAAGGUAAAAUCAAAUUAAGAAAUUCUAUCCAAAAUGUAAAAGAAGAAAAUAAAAGUCUUAAAAAUAUUAAAGAAGAAACUCCUAGAGCUGUCAAAAGGCCUUUACGUGGUAGUCUUAAAGACGAUUCGAAUAGUAAUGGAAAAUCAUCUCCAGUUAAUGUUACUCCAACGAGUACAAAGCGACGCAGGGUAAAUUAAAAACAAAUUUGGCACAAUCACAUUAAUUUAAAAUGAAAAUCAGUGGAAGAUUGCACUUAUUGCAGACCAAAUGUAGCCAUUAAGUGAAAAUUAUAUAGAACCUUUGUACAUAAUAUACAUAAUAAUUAAGCAAUUAAAUAAAUAUAGUUGUUAAGUAAUUCGAAGAUAUUUUUUUAAUUUCAAAAAAAUGUAGAUUUGUAGAUAUGAAAACAAAAAGUUUGAUAAAACGAAAUUUAAUCUAUUUUUACUGUAAUUCGAACUGCAUAAGAACUGAUAAAAGAAAUAUGAGAGCUUUUAAAAUGUUGUAUUAUUCAUUUCGUGAUAAUUAACAAUUAGAUUAAGUUUAUCGAAUUGUGUAUAAAAAGAGGACGUACUGAAUGAUUUAAUAAAUACUCUAAGAAGUUG